ACGCUGCUCUUCUGCAGCGAGCUCGACGCCUGGGUCAAGGACCCCAAGGCCCCCGUCACCGUGGAGUACGAGCCCGCGGAGCGCCAGAACGUCGCCGUGGUCGGCGGCGCCUACCUCGUGCUCGGCCAGGGGUGGUCCGCCGAGCAGGUCCGCGGCGCCCUGCCCGCGGACGCCCAGCUGGCGCCGCCGUGCUCGUGGUCAAGCCCGGAAGCUCUGCAGACCCAGCGCGGGUCGCCUCGCAUGAGAGUUCAGGACUGCUGGGAGGGAGCGCAGAUGGCCAAAGGCCUCGGUUGGCUGCACAGCGAUAGCGUCACUGACAGCGUGAUGACCUCCUUUGCGGCCGCCAAGUAUUGGAGGGCCGUCCAGCAGUGCGACGGGAGCUGGCUGGUGCCAGGCGCCAUCUUUGUCAUGGCCGAUCCAAUGACGACCAUCUCCGAUCCUGACCCGAAGACGUGCGGCACCUUCUGCAGGAAUGACACCGAGGAUCACUUGCCUGAGAUGGAGGAUGCCUCCGCAGACGACUUGCAGAGACCCUCCUGGUGCGAGUCUGUGCCGUCGUCCCCUGAGCCGACGGCGCGCCGCACCUCCUUCACGGAGAUCCGUGGCGGACGCGGCCAACGCAUCCCUGAGAUGGAGGAGGCUUCCGCGGACGACCCGGUUUCCCUCGGUGCGCAGGUGAGCGGCCGCAGACGGCCGAGCAUCCCCGAGCUGGACGAAGCCUCGCUGGAUGGGCGCCUCGCCCGUGCUCCCGGGCGGCUGCUCUGUGAGGCCGAGCCCUCCGUGGACCUUCUGCUGGAGGAGGGCAUGCGCGGCGUGGUGCGCGUAAGCUCCCCGAAUGAAGGCGGCCUGGCGCAGAUCGGGGGGAGCUGCGACCCCGGGCUGCUGACCAGGGCCGGCCUCUGGCCCGCCGACGUCCCCGCCAGCGACAGG